UAUAAAUUGUCAGCUCUCCAGACCCUUUGUCAGUUCUCUCUUCUAGUGUUGGCAGGCGCAAUAGAGAACUAAAGAUGAAGAUCCUUUCCUUAUUCGCGUUUUCCACUUUUUUAUUGUCUGCUUUUGAACAAACAAAUGCUUCUGCUCACUAUGACAAGAUUUUAACCCAUAGUCGAAUAAGGGCACGUGACCAAGGCCCAAAUGUCUGUGCCCUUCAGCAAGUUAUGGGAACGAAAAAGAAGUAUUUUAGCACCUGCAGAAACUGGUACCAGGGAGCCAUCUGCGGUAAGAAAGCAACUGUCUUAUAUGAAUGUUGUCCUGGCUAUAUGAAGAUGGAUGGUAUGAGAGGAUGUCCUGCAGUUGCUCCUAUCGAUCAUGUAUAUGGAACCCUUGGUAUUGUGGGAGCUACCUCCACCCAGCAGUAUUCUGACAUGUCAAAGCUGAGAGAAGAGAUUGAAGGGCGAGGAUCAUUCACGUUCUUUGCACCAAGCAACGAAGCCUGGGAGCAAUUAAAUUCAGAAAUUCACAGGAAUUUGGUUGACAAUGUAAAUAUUGAACUGUAUAAUGCUCUUCACCACCACAUGGUAAACAAGCGCAUGUUGACAAAAGAUCUUAAGAAUGGCAUGAAACUGGUGUCCAUGUAUAAUGACCAGAAACUGUUUAUUAACCAUUAUCCUAAUGGGGUUGUUACUGUUAACUGUGCCAGGAUCAUCCACGGCAAUCAAAUUGCUACCAAUGGUGUUGUUCAUGUGAUUGACCGCGUCCUGACCCCUGUUGGAACUACCAUUCAAGACUUCAUUGAAGCCGAGGAUGAUCUUUCAUCUCUCAGGGCUGCUGCCAUCACAUCAGAUGUCUUGGAUACCCUUGGAAAGCCUGGUCAUUACACACUCUUUGCUCCUACUAAUGAAGCUUUUGAGAGACUUCCAAGGGGAGUCUUAGAAAGGAUCAUGGGUGACAAGGUGGCAUCUGAAGCUCUCAUGAAGUUCCAUAUUUUAAAUACUCUUCAGUGCUCUGAAGCUAUCAUGGGUGGAGCAGUGUAUGAAACCUUGGAAGGAAACACAGUUGAAGUCGGUUGUGAUGGUGAAAGCCUGACUGUGAAUGGAGUGAGGAUGGUGAAACGCAAAGAUAUUGUGACUAGCAAUGGUGUUAUCCAUCUCAUUGAUCAAGUGCUAAUUCCUGAUUCUGCCAAGCAAGUCAUUGAGCUUGGGGGUGCUCAGCAGACUACCUUUACGGACUUGAUGGCACAGCUAGGACUGGCAUCUUCUCUGAGACCAGAACACCAAUACACUCUCCUGGCUCCUCUGAAUGGUGCUUUUUCAGAUGAUACCUUAAGGAUGGACCAACGUCUUCUAAGAACAAUCCUGCAGAAUCACAUUAUAAAAUUUAAAAUUGGGCUCAAUGAACUGUACAAUGGACAGGAAUUGGAGACAAUUGGAGGAAAACUGCUCAGAGUCUUUGUGUACCGCACGGCUGUAUGCAUUGAAAAUUCAUGCAUGAUAAGAGGAAGUAAAGAAGGAAGGAAUGGUUUUAUUCAUGUCUUCAGACAGAUCAUCAAGCCAGCAGAAAAGACACUGCAUGAAAUGCUGAAAAAUGAUAAGCGCUUUAGCAUUUUCCUCAGUCUGGUGAAAGCUGCUGACUUAGAUGAUGUUCUGUCACAGCCUGGAGAAUGGACUCUGUUUGUUCCAACUAAUGAUGCCUUUAAAGGUUUGACUGACGAUGACAAGGAUGUAUUGAUAAGGGACAAAAAUGCUCUCAGGAACAUUAUCCUUUACCACCUGACACAAGGAGUUUUCAUUGGAAGUGGCUUUGAACCUGGUGUGACAAACAUUCUUAAAACUAUCCAAGGAGGCAAACUGUACUUGAAAACAGUGAAUGAUACACUUCUGGUUAAUGAACUGAAAUCCAGAGAAUCUGAUCUCAUGGCAACCAAUGGUGUCAUUCAUGUUAUUGAUAAACUCCUGUAUCCAGCAGAUCUGCCUGUUGGAAAUGAUCAGCUGCUCACAAUCCUGAAGAAAUUGAUUAAGUACAUUCAAAUUAAGUUUGUUCGUGACAGUACCUUCAAAGAGAUUCCGCUGACAUUUUACAAGAUUAACAUAAUUGAAAGCAAUGUCCAGCCCAUCGUCAGAAAGGAAGACCCAUCUAUUACACAGCUGACUAAAUUAAUUGAAGGAGAACCUGAGUUCAAAAUAGUCAGGGAAGGAGAGACAAUAACUAAAGUGAUUCAUGGAGAACCAAUUAUUAAAACAUACACCAAAAUCAUUGAUGGGCGACCAGUGGAAGUGACAGAGAAAAAAGUAACAGAAGAAAGAAUUAUUCAAGGUCCUGAAAUAAAAUAUACCCGAAUUACUGCAGGUGGUUCAGACGAUGAAGAACAGUUAAAGAAAUUGCUUGAAGAAGAGGUUACCAAGGUGACCAAAUUCAUUGAAGGUGAUGGUCAUUUACUUGAAGAUGAAGAAAUCAAAAGACUUCUGCAGGGAGCUGGAACUGAGUACACCAAGGUUACUAAAGUAAUUGAGGGAGAGCCACAGAUUUUCGAGAGAGAAAUCAAGAAAUUCCAUCUGGAAGAAGCACCUGUACGGAAAAUACAAGCAACCAGAAGGACACAAGGUAAAAGAAGAACAUAUAUUAAAACGCUUUAACAGACAUCAAAAAUUUUUUUCCACAGGAGGAGCAGCAAGAAGGAGGACAAGACUAGUUCGUCCCUAAAAGUUUUCCAAGAUAGAAGCUACAGAAUAACAAAUUAACAGCAUGGCCAUUAAGAGGAAGAGAAAUUCUUUUGAAAAAGAGAACAUAAGAAAACAGCAUAGUGUUGAUAACAUAAUAUAAACUGAACUAUGAGUCCACACAAAAGAGGUGAAGAUGCAGAUGCUCACUUCUGGCACAGUGCUUACUAGCAGGAGUUGUCCAUUGGAGCUGGUGCAACUACUCUUGUUAAUAAGCACAAUGCUGAGUGGGAUCCUGGCACUGCUGAAGGCACAAGCAAAACUUCCAUUGACUUCAGUAGAACCAGGAUUCCCACUCAGGCUGGGUAGUAAGUGUUUGCAGGAUUGGGCUCAAAAAGAGCAGGGAACAAUACAGAAUGUAUUUUUUUAUUAUUAUUAUUUCCACUAAAUCAGAAAUAUAAGUGAAAUUAGAGCAUUUCUAGAAAACAAAUCACUUCAAGUGACUUUUAGGAUGAGUAAUCUAAGGAAAUAUGAGCUGUAAACAUAGCAUUUUUGGUUUAGUAGUCUUAUAUGCUUUUUGUACAUCAAAGUUUGUCAUGAUGACUCCAACAACAUUACCUUUUCUAAACAAACAAAUAUGCCUUAUAUUAAAUAUAUCUUUUUGUUCUACAUCACAUAUCCAAAUGCCUUCUGGUAACACGGCUAAUGGAAGCCCUUAAAAAGAAAAAAGGAAAAAGUUAGAAAUGAGCUUCUUGAAAUGUAUUUGGGAUCAUGUUGACUUUUUAUCUAUUUAUAUGAAAAAUCAUUCUCAUGAUAGGAAUCCUUUACCAACACAUAUACUGAGAUUCUUAUUUUCCUACAUUUCCCUGAAUGUGUCUUUUGAUUUUUAAAGUGUAAGGGAUACAUAAAAUGCAUGCACACAGUUCACUCUGCAUGGAAAAAGGUGUUACAAAAUGAAGCUAGGUCUGAUGGCUUUUAUAUCAAAACAUGCUUUGCUAAUGUCUGAUACUUCUGUGGGUUGUUUGUAAAUUAUGUUAUUUUUAUAACUCUAGUUUUAUACUCAUAAAAGUCAUUUGCCUUUAUUAACAAAAGUUGGAAAGCAAUUACUCAUGGAGUAAGAAAAAAACAUUUUCAAAGUGCCUUAAUUCUGCAGACCAAAGUUUAAGAGGAGUUAUCUGAUGUGCUUUUAUACUUCUGUUUUGAAACAAAUACUCAAUAAAUAAUUUGGCUGAACUGUA